GAACCAACGCCAGUGUGAUUACGAUCGACUGCAUCCAACUUUUCCUCCAUGGCAAUAUGCCAAGGAGGAAUUUUGUAACAUGGCGAUGCCAGUAGUGGGUUCAUCAUAUGUACCUAAUGCUGCAAAGAAGGAAGAAUGUAGAGGAGAAUCAGCUGAUAAGGCAACAGAAUCAAGGGCAUGA